AUGCUGCAGCGUAGUGGCAGGCGUUUGUUCUCGACGUUCCUGUUGAACCCUGAGACCUCCGCGGCACCACAUGGCCCUCCGCGCGGCCUCAUCAACCGCUACGUGUCGAUGGGGCUCCCCCCAUGGGCAGCGUGGUGCAACAAAAUCAACCGCUACUCGCUGUACCGCAUGAGCGGUGUGGCGCCUCGCACAUUCCUGCCAAAGGCACCGCAGGAAAUGGACGUGAUUUGGCUCAAUGAGCGCGUCCGAGAGCGUGUGCGCACCUCGCGGAAGGUGCAGAAUGUCUACAGACAACUCAAGUACCCCUACGUGAAAACAGGCAUCCAUUACAGUGAUGUGCUCGAUCACUGGGUACAAGUGCCGAUGGUAGAGGCGGCGAUGUUUGAGGUGGAGAAGGAUGGCGGCUUUGACAACUUCAUCCUGAAGCGUUCUGGUCCUGAGCUGCGCUCUACAUAUGGUGAACGAAUUCGUCGGCAUAUUUUGGUGCGGCAGAAGGAGAUUCAGAAAAAUUUUGUACUGGAUCAACAGGCAAAGCAACUCGCAGAUGUCAUUCAGGGGGAGAUUGUGCCGCUGCAGGAUGAAAUGAGCGCAGGGCAAGUGUUAGAAAAGUACGGGAUUGACAGGGAGCAGUUGCUGCGAGAGAUGGCGCGCCUGGUCGUUGCUAGGAGGAAGGAGUCCGCUGCUGUUGCAGCAACGCCAACUGACGUGUCACCCUGA